CCCACUCUUUUACAAUGCACACCAACCAUCUCCACAUCACAAUCCCCCCCAGCCAUGGACGACCAGGCUAGCGAGAUGUCCGCACGUGACAUAUACAGCAAAGCCAAAGCCUCGAGAUUCACCUUCAAAUCUGCCUCGGAACGCCGUUCAAAGCGACGCACCCGCCCACAUGACGACGACAACGACGAUCCAGAAAACCUCCCACGAUCCCCCAAGCGCCCCCGCUCAGAGCGAAAAGAAUCCUCGCGGCGCAAACACAGACACGGCCACAAACACCACAGCUCCCAUGCAGACCGCCACCCGACAUCCACGCGCGACGGAACCUACUACGACCCCUCGCACCGCCACCGCGAAUCGCUCUACGACGACCCCGAUGCCGGCGACCCGGACCUCGCCUUCCGCGAAUCCCUCUUCGACGCGCUCGCCGACGACGAAGGCGCCGCAUACUGGGAAGGCGUCUACGGCCAGCCCGUACACGUCUACCCCACAACCAAACCCGGCGCAGACGGCACGCUAGAGCGCAUGAGCGACGCCGAGUACACCGAGUACGUGCGCAGCAAGAUGUGGGAGAAGACCCACCAGCACAUCGUCGAAGAGCGCGCAGCACGAGAAGCAGCGCGCAAGGCAGCAAAGCAACAUCGGGGUACGAUAGAUGAAGAUGAAGCCGAACGCGAGCAUAUACGGCAGCGUAUGGCGGAUAGUCUGCGCCAGGGGGAGCUGCGCAAACGCGUCAAGGAAGGAGAAGCUGCGUGGACGUCGUAUACGCAACGCUGGGAUGAGCUGAAAAAUUCACCACAGUCGGAUGAGCCUGCGCGCGACGUUAUUCCUUGGCCUGUGGUUUCUGGGAAGGCGAGUCGCGUGUCGCAAGAGGAGGUUGAGCGCUUUUUGCGCGCUGCGAAGGCGUGGGCGGGGGAUCCGGAUGCUGUCCUUAAAGCUGAGCGGGUGCGAUGGCAUCCGGAUAAAAUCCAACAGCGCUUUGGAGAGCGUAUUGAUGAGCAGACUAUGCGGAGUGUUACUGCUGUGUUCCAGAUUGUGGAUCGCUUGUGGAGUGAGCGUCGGUGAUGGGUGUGGGGUUGGGUUGGGUUGGAUUGCAUUGGAAUUUGUUUCUGAUAAUGGUGCGUUGGCGUUUACGGUUGCGUUCGCGCUUUUAGAGAUACCCCAUGUGUAUGUGAAUGACGCCCUUUUUUCUGCAUAUUCGAGUAGUCUGUGUAGGGGGGUGUAGAAUAUGCUUUCUUCCCGUCUAUAUCUCAUCACGUCCUCUUUUUUUUGAUACUACAUCAGUAUACAUGCCGCCUUGCGCCAGGUCCUCGAUCUGUAUAUAUCAUGUACAGUCCAACUACUAUCGUACAC